AUGGUUCAAUUCUCUGGCCUCGCUGUCGCCGCUCUCAUCAGCGGUGCAGCCUACGCUGCUCCCACCCUUCAGGAGCGUGGCAGCUGUACUUUCUCUGGAUCUUCCGCCGCCGCCAACAUUCUCAAGCAGAAGAAGUCUUGCUCCAGCAUCAUCAUCGACAAUGCCGUUGUCCCCGCUGGCACCACCCUCGACCUGACCGGCCUGAAUUCUGGCACCACCGUCACCUUCCAGGGUACCACUACCUUUGGUUACAAGGAGUGGGUUGGUCCUCUUGUUUCCGUCUCGGGUGACAAGAUCACCGUCAUCGGUGCUUCUGGUUCCGUCCUUGAUGGUCAGGGCAGCAGAUGGUGGGACGGUAAGGGCACCAACGGAGGCAAGAAGAAGCCCAAGUUCUUCUACGCCCACAAGAUGACAAACUCCAAGAUUCAGAACAUCAAGAUCAAGGAUUCGCCUGUUCAGAUCUUUUCCAUCAACAACUCUCAGCAGCUCGCUCUUAGCGGCGUCACCGUCGACAACUCCGCUGGUGAUGGCGACAACAAGGGCCACAACACCGAUGCUUUCGAUAUCGGUUCUUCCUCUGGUAUCACCAUCACUGGUGCCAACAUCCACAACCAGGACGACUGUGUCGCUGUCAACUCUGGUUCGGACAUUACCGUUUCUGGCUCCACCUGCACUGGUGGCCACGGUCUCUCGAUCGGUUCCGUCGGCGGUCGUGACGACAACACCGUCUCCAACGUCAAGUUCCUGAACAACAAGGUCACCAACUCUCAGAACGGUCUCCGUAUCAAGACUGUCUACGGUGCUACUGGCAAAGUCUCGGGCGUUACUUACAGUGGCAACGUUCUCUCAGGAAUCUCCAAGUAUGGCGUUGUUAUUGAGCAGGACUACGAGAACGGGUCCCCUACUGGCAAGCCUACCGCAGGCGUGCCAAUCACUGGUCUUACCAUGACUGACAACACUGUCGGUGUUACCAGCUCGGGCACCAACACCUACAUUCUCUGUGCCUCGGGUGCUUGCUCUGGCUGGAAGUGGUCUGGCAACAAGAUCUCCGGUGGCAAGAAGUCCACCAAGUGCUCUGGUAUCCCCAGCGGCUCUGGUGCCGCCUGCUAA